AUGGCUCACAGUUCAACAUCUCUUCCCUGGGUGGAAAAGUAUCGCCCAUCAAGCAUGGAGGAUAUGGCACAGCAGGGAUCGAGCUUAAAAACAAUUUCGACGCUAAUUGAGUCUGGGCGUUUGCCGCAUUUGCUCUUUUACGGCCCGCCGGGUACGGGGAAGACGACCGCAGUGCAGGCAAUUAUUAGGAGGCUGUUUGGAUCGCUUUGCGAAUCCAAUGUGCUUGAGGUAUGUCUUUUCGGUCCUAACCGCCUACGCCAGCUAAAUGCGUCUGAUGAGCGUGGCAUUGAUGUUGUAAGAAACCAAAUUAAAUCGUUUGUUUCGUCGCGAAAUAUGUUUCGCGAUUCGAAUUGCAGCCUGAAGAUUGUCAUCUUGGAUGAGGCUGAUGCCAUGACGAAUGCUGCACAAGACGCCCUUAGAAGAAUCAUUGAGAAAUAUGUGCAACACGCCAGAUUUUUUAUCAUUUGCAAUGAUAUCGGCAAGGUUUCAGGCGCCAUUCAAAGCAGGUGCAUGCUAUUCAGAUUUGCCCCCUUAUUGCCCGAACAAAUGAUGCAUCGGCUCGAGCAUGUCAUUGAAUCGGAAAAGCUCACCGUAACUAGCGACGGUAAAACCGCGAUCUUGAAUUUAUCGGCCGGUGAUAUGCGCAAAGUUUUCAACAUCUUGCAGGUAAGUUUAUUUUGCUCAUUCCAUGGAAAGUCUGCAUCAGCGUCAUUUGCAAUAAUCGAUGAGGCGGUUGUCUGCAAAUGCUGUGGCGUGCCAAACUCGUCUCAAAUCUGCAUGCUAUUAGAGAAGCUCUUGAAUUCCGACUAUUUUGUCUCCUACUCAUAUUUACGUGACAUGAUACGUGAAAAAGGAUAUUGCACGUUGGAUAUCAUCAGAACGCUAUCAGAGAUCCUUCUUGGCUAUGAUCUGCCCCCUCUUAUUUUUAGCCAUCUCAUUGAGAGGCUUGCCUAUUUAGAGUUUUCUGCAUCCUCUGGAAUUCCCGAGUGCAUUCAAAUCGCAAAUCUUGUCGGCUCAUUCCAGGCCGCCAGGACUCUUUUAUGA